AUGGCUGAAUCGACUGUUAAACCAAGGUUGAGUACAUAUAGUAAAGAUUGGAAUGAAAAAUGUAGUAGGACAUCAGAAUCUCUUGCUGAAGCUGGUUUCUAUAUGGUUGGAGGUACACUAAGAUCUUUUUCUCGGCACAUCACUAAAGAUAUAUGGACAGAGCAUGCCUUAUGGUUUCCGUGGUGCGAAUUUGUUAUAAUUAUAAAAGGAGAAGAGUUUAUUGAUCAAAAGAACAAAUAA